CAAAGUAGAGACGAGGAACAAAAACAUCUACCCUCAUUUUGAGAAGUCACAUGAUAGGUGUGGGUGUAAACACACAUGCAGAUAUUGAUGGUUUUAAGAUCUGUUUCAUGGCUAAUAUUUUCUUAAGUAAACAUUUUUUAGUUUCCUUUUAAAUCCUCAGGCUAGUUUCAGGACCAACGGACUACAGCCGGUUCCGGCUCCUGGUAACCCAGGUGCCCAGGGCAACGCCGGCUUCUGUGGUCCUCCGUGGCCGCUGCAGCUCCGCGUCCUCCAGGGGACUCUGAGGUCUCUCCCACAACAUUAUUCAUUCAACAAUCAUUUGAUCAGCCAGACCAACUCGGGUCUCACUUUCAGCCUUAACACUGGGCAGUAUCGCUGCCUUAUUGACCCAGUGAGGUGGGGAAGACGAAUCUCCGCCACUGCCUGGUAAAUACAAGAUGCGAUCCUCUUAUGCAUUCAGUUUGUUUGGUUGAUUGCUUUGGGGACAGGCUCUCCCCACGUAGCCCAGCCAGGCUAUUCUGGAACUUUUACAUAGAGCACAGACUGGCCUUGAACUUUAGAUUCUCGUGCCAGUGCCUCAGGCUUCGGGAUGCUACCACGCCCAUCUCAAGAAAGGUGUUUUGGCAAAACCUUAGCCCUGCUCCAUCAGUUUAGUCUCCUAGACAGACCUUUACUGGGACGCGUCAAGCCCUUCCCAAGCAGCAGAGGCUUGCAAGCCGUGUUGAGCCUUCGAACCAAAAGCCGGCACCGCUACGAGCGCCUAGGUCUGCAGCAUCUCAGCCCGCGCGGGCCUAAGCGCCCAGGCCUGCAGCAUCUCAGCUCCGAAGCGUCUGAGCACCCAGGCACGAAGAGGUCGAGAAUGGCGCAGGUGCUUUCCAGCAUUCAGUAUCUCAGUCGGGUCUUUCCAUCCAGUGAAGAAGCCAGGUCCUGAGACUCCACCGCGGAACUACAAUUCCUAGUACCCGGGCUGCCCGGACUCCCGGAAGCCUAUGCUUGGCCGACCGGAAGCAGCUGACAACAGGCCUAGGGUUAAUUCAGUAAGAAAAGGGGGGCGGGAAGGGCUGUAGAGUACCUGUCAGUUCGCCACCAUGAACGUGGUUUUUGCUGUAAAGCAGUAUAUUUCCAAAAUGAUAGAGGACAGCGGGCCCGGUAUGAAAGUACUUCUCAUGGAUAAAGAAACGACUGGUAUAGUGAGUAUGGUCUACACACAAUCAGAGAUUCUUCAGAAGGAAGUAUACCUCUUUGAACGCAUUGAUUCUCAAAAUCGAGAGAUCAUGAAACACCUCAAAGCAAUUUGUUUCCUUCGACCUACAAAGGAGAAUGUGGAUUAUCUGAUUCAGGAGCUCCGAAGACCCAAAUAUAGCAUCUAUUUUAUUUAUUUCAGUAAUGUGAUCAGCAAGAGUGAUGUUAAGUCGUUAGCCGAAGCUGAUGAACAGGAAGUUGUGGCUGAAGUUCAGGAAUUUUAUGGUGAUUACAUUGCUGUGAAUCCACAUUUGUUUUCCCUCAAUAUUUUGGGUUGCUGUCAGGGUCGAAACUGGGAUCCAACCCAGCUAUCCAGAACAACUCAAGGACUGACGGCGCUUCUUUUAUCUCUGAAGAAGUGCCCCAUGAUUCGUUAUCAGCUUUCUUCAGAGGCAGCAAAGAGACUUGCAGAAUGUGUUAAGCAAGUGAUAACCAAAGAAUAUGAACUGUUUGAAUUCCGGCGGACAGAGGUUCCUCCAUUGCUGCUUAUUUUAGAUCGCUGUGAUGAUGCCAUCACCCCACUCCUCAACCAGUGGACGUACCAGGCCAUGGUCCAUGAACUACUGGGCAUAAACAACAGUCGGAUUGAUCUUUCCAGAGUGCCAGGAAUCAGUAAAGACUUAAGAGAGGUGGUCCUAUCUGCUGAAAAUGAUGAAUUCUAUGCUAAUAACAUGUACCUGAACUUUGCAGAGAUUGGUAGUAAUAUAAAGAAUCUAAUGGAAGACUUCCAGAAGAAGAAACCAAAAGAACAGCAGAAACUAGAGUCCAUAGCAGAUAUGAAGGCUUUUGUUGAGAAUUAUCCGCAGUUCAAGAAAAUGUCUGGAACUGUAUCAAAGCAUGUGACAGUGGUUGGAGAACUGUCUCGGUUGGUCAGUGAGCGGAAUCUGCUGGAGGUUUCAGAGGUUGAGCAAGAACUGGCCUGUCAAAAUGACCAUUCUAGUGCUCUCCAGAAUGUGAAGAGGCUCCUGCAGAACCCCAAAGUCACAGAAUUGGAUGCUGCUCGUAUAGUGAUGCUGUACGCUCUCCAUUAUGAGAGACACAGCAGCAACAGCCUGCCAGGACUGAUAAUGGACCUUAGGAAUAAAGGUGUUUCUGAGAAGUAUCGAAAGCUCGUGUCUGCAGUUGUUGAAUACGGUGGUAAACGGGUUAGAGGGAGUGACCUCUUCAGUCCUAAAGAUGCUGUGGCAAUUACCAAACAAUUUCUCAAAGGACUGAAGGGAGUGGAAAAUGUAUACACACAACAUCAACCUUUCCUGCAUGAGACCCUGGACCAUCUCAUCAAAGGAAAGCUUAAGGAAAACCUCUAUCCUUAUUUAGGCCCCAGCACACUCAGAGAUAGACCUCAGGAUAUCAUCGUGUUUGUAAUUGGAGGAGCCACCUAUGAAGAAGCUCUAACAGUAUAUAACCUGAACCGCACCACACCUGGAGUGAGGAUCGUCCUGGGAGGAACAACAGUCCACAACACAAAAAGUUUCCUAGAGGAAGUCCUGGCUUCUGGGCUGCACAGCCGAAGCAGGGAGAGCUCACAGGCCACUUCCAGGACCGCAAGCAGAAGAUGAAAUGCUGAUAGGGAGCAGCAAGAAGGGCACGGCCUCCCUCGGACCCUGGCUGCAGGCCUUCCCUACUGACGAGAGGGUUCAGGAGGGCACCUGUGUUUACUGUAACUCACUCCAGGUAAACCCCAUUCCUGAACUGUUGGCAUACCAAGGCUUCCAGAGAUAAGUCUGAGCCCAUCCCAACCCACUUUUCCUGUGAUUUCUGUGUCAAAUAAAUAUGUUCUUUGUGUAUUUGAUAGCACAAUCACUUCAGUGUCUGAUGGGUUUUGUUGAGAUCUUUCUUGAGAAAAGGGUUGUCAGAGCUGAGGAGGUUUUAAAAGCAGCAUGUGGUAUACAUGGCACUAUCCUCGACCUCGUCUUCCUUUGACUCUUCCAUUAACCACCUUCCUGCACUCUGACGCCUCACCAUGUUUCUUUGGAGAGCCAUCCAAAAAUCAUGUCUGCAUUGCAAUUUCCUGUAACACUAAGAAACCAUAUAUGAUUACAAUAAAAAGUCAAUUUUUGUGGAGA